AUUAUUUUUCAAUCAUCAAGUUACUUUCCACAUCAUAAAGAGUCCAUGACGACUAAAUUUGGAACACCAUUGUGUGAACUUUUUUAACAAUGAACCAACAAGAUAUAAUUUAGUUCCUUGAAGAUAGCAUGUGUUGUUUUAGGAUUGGAUCCGAUGCUUUUCUCCCCUGUACCAAAGUAAUAAACAAGAUUAGAUUUCCAUUUCUUAAAAUGUGUAUGAUAAGUGGAGGAGCAUUUUUUUAGGAAUUUUACAUUUAUUCUAAUUAUUAAGUGAAUGUUGAAGUUAAUUUGUCUCUCAUAAUUGUUAAGGAGUUUUAUAUAUAGUUGCAUAUGACUUUCACUACAAUAAAUGCGAGAGUUGCCCUUUCUUGCUGUGGUUAAUCGGUACAAUGAAGGGCGAAGGGCAUAUACACACGUGCACACAUAUAGAUCCUUUAUAUGCACCAUGACAUGAGCCAAUUAUUUUUGUAAUUAGUUAUUGGAUUUUGAUUCAAACCUUGAUUGUGUAGUUUGAAGAUGAGCACAUCACAUAUCAGCUGUUACAGAAUCUCUAGCAAACGUCCGUCGUCCUCGACGUCCACCACCACCCAUGCGAGAACUCAGAUCUUCCUCCCUCCACUCAGAAGCCUCUUGGUCUUCUUCCUUUACAGACGCCAAUACCCCAACCUCCUCUUCCUCCACCCCUCCGACGCCCCCGCCGCCGCCGUCCCGUUGCCAUACCCUCCUUCAACCAGCCCACAAAAAGAGACACAGAACCAAAGUUUUCCGAGCCUUCCGUUCCGUUUUCCGAGCCUUCCCCGUCAUAACCCCCUCCUGCAAAUUUCCCUCCCUUCCCUACACCCACCUCGAGUGCCAUCACCGCCGCAAUUCCCACGCCAUAAAGGUCACCGGCACUUUAUUCGGUUACCGUAAAGGACGAGUGAGCCUCGCCGUGCAAGAAACCUCUAGAUUUUUACCUUCCCUGGUGAUAGAACUCGCCCUCCAAACGACUGCAUUACAGAAAGAGAUGAGCGCAGGAGUGGUUAGGAUAGCUUUGGAAUGCGAGAAGCGGCAGGAGAGGGACAAGAUAAAGCUGAGAGACGAGCCUCUGUGGACCAUGUUCUGCAACGGCAAGAAAACCGGUUAUGGCGUGAAGAGGGAAGCCACGGAGGAGGACCUUAAUGUAAUGGAGCUUCUCAAGGCUGUGUCCAUGGGUGCCGGUGUGCUUCCUGGGAACUCCGACGUGGACGGAUCAGAUGCUGAGAUGGCAUACUUUCGGGCCCAGUUUGAAAACGUUGUGGGUUCAAAGGAUUCCGAAACUUUGUAUAUGCUGAGCCCAGAAGGGAAUUCUGGGCCUGAUCUCACCAUAUUUUUUGUCAGGCUUUAACAGUACUGUUGUUCCGCCUUGGCAAGUUUAGCAUCGAUAUUAGAUCAAAUUUGGAUCUCUAAAAUAUUUCAUCAUUUCAUGGGGUAUAGUAGAUGUCUGGUUCAUGACUAGGAGAUUUUCAAAUUACUGGUUAGUGGAGUUCAGUCAGUUGCGAAGACAUGGUUCAUCCAGAUUUCUAUGGAUCACUAUCAGUUGGAGUCUCUGUCUCGUUCAUCAAUGGGAAUAUUGUGUUACCAGGAAUAACGGCAAACUUCAAAUUCAAUUGCGAGCUCUUUGGUCCAUUGAGUCUCAAACUUUUACUAAAGUUGUAUUUUCCUUUCCUUUAGGACUUCGUUUACUUAGACAGACUUAUCAGCGGCGUGUUAGGGGAUGUUUGUUGGCACCACGGCGUUUGCAGUUACUGUGGCAUGACAUAGGUGUCUCCCUUUAUCAGUUCUCUUCUGUAGUUUUUGUUUGUUAAAAAUUAUAGUUGCGUU